AUGGUUUCCAAAACGUACAGCGUUGUGGCGCCCUAUCAGUGUCAGAUAAAAGGUUCGGACGUGUGGCAGUUAUUUCAGAAUGGUCGUGAUGUCCAACUGACUACUCGUGUCAACUCAAUUUCAGUGUGUUCCCAAGGACCCAAAAGAUUCUGCAUACCAUGCGGACAUAAGGUUUACCUGUAUAAAUGCGAUGGGGACAAACUGUAUCGAAAGCUUUCUGGCUAUGGUUCUCGGGUGACCUGUUGUCAGUUUCGAAGCGACGGUAAGCUGGUGAUUGUUGGUGAGGAGAAUGGUACCGUACGCAUCUGCACGACAGACAAAAACAGCUAUCACCUGCGCAAAAUGACGAUACACAAAGCGUGUGUAAAUGCGGUCUCGUUUUUCGCUGACGGACAUCACGCUACCAGUGCAGGCGCGGAUGCUUGCGUCCGCAUAUGGGAUGUCUCGCUGGGGACACAGACAGCUCAGUUCUUCAUGGGCACUGGUAAAGAACCGGUGAAAGCUAUGGUAGCAUCGAACACUGACCCUAAUAUUCUCUAUUCUGGAAGCAUGGAAGGUGUGGUAGCCUUGUACGACAUCCGCCA